ACCGACAUCUUGUUCCCGUCACAAGUGGCGUUUUUUUAUCUGCCGAUCGGAGCUUCCUGCACUCUGAUCGAACUGUUUCGUAGGUCGCAUUGAGAACCAAACCAUGGCCGACUUUGAUCAGUUCGAAGCGAAUUUUGACAAUCCGCCAGUGACAGAAGAAGAUCCAGCAGCGGAAUUCCUGGCGCGGGAACAGGACGUGCUGGCAGGUCUCGAGGAUGACAACUUCGACGGUGUCCCCGUACCGCCGCAGCAGCAGCCAACUGUCGAUGGCCCAGCCAAUGGCCUCGCCGAUGAUGUUGCAGCGGAAGUGCAGAUGAAUGGGCCUUCUCAACCACCAACAGUUGUCCCAGACACGUCACCACGACCGACCCCUGUCCGUGAGGAACCUGAGAAGAUAAAGACAUGGCGUGAAGAGCAGGCCAAGAGACUGGAGCAAAAGGAUGCUGAAGAGGAGGAGAAGAAAACUGAACUUCGAGCAACGGCAAAGAAAGAGCUUGAGGAGUGGUAUGCACGAUAUCACGAACAAAUUGAAAAGGCCAAAUUGGCCAACAGAGAAGUGUCCAAGAACGCUGAAAAAGAGUGGGUGCAUGAGCGUGACUCACCGGCACCAAAGGGCCAGGAGUGGGAGGCCAUUGCCAAGUUGUGCGACUUUAACCCUAAGGCUGCACGCAAUAGCAAGGACGUGUCACGCAUGCGCUCUAUCAUCUUGCAACUGAAGCAGUCUCCACCGCAGACCAACAAGACACCCUGAGGUGCACUUCUAUUCAUCAGCCUGAUCCCCUUCAGUUGUAAAGAGCUACCACAUGAAAUACUAGACAUUGGAUGUGAACUGCUGGUUGAAAUAUCUGAUACUGCCUGCAAUAGCCUCACAUAGAGACUUGUAGAGAUGCUGUCUGAUGUCUGUCUUCUUUCUUUUUGCAUACUUCGAAGGGCUGGUAGCCACAAACUGUCACUAAGUGUUUUUACCGUUGCUUUUGUCACAUGAGUUUUUCUUUUUUGGUGGUUGUUUCCAUUCUUGUAGUAGAGUAGUUUCUUGUUUAUUAUAACACAUGCAACUUUGAACUUUGCGCUGGAUCAACAAGAACGGCCUGUACGUUGGCAACGGAGUGCAGAUCAAUACAUGUACUGUAGCACAAUGGAGUCCAAGCUGUGUGGAAAGUGUUGUAUAGAAUAAGCUAUUACCGGGCAAAAAAAUUUUUUUUUCUGUAUUCUACUGAAAAGCACAACUUGUCUUUCAAAGAACUAUGUACACACGUUCAUAUAUAGUUUAUGAAGCAAUUAUAGUUCUUAGGAAAUGAAGAUGCUACUGAGUUAAUAAUUUUGAAACAUUCUCUGCAAGUUAUUCUUUCAAUUAGCUUUGCAGGAAGUUAUCCUUUAUUUUUUUCUUUGCAGCCUAGUAAGAAGCUGCUGGGGCUCAGCGUUAUUAAAAGCUCUUCACUCUAGUGCAUCUGUGCUUUGCACUGUGCAUUUGAUGUUAAUGUGGAAGCAGCUAUGAGCAGUGACCGAGAGUGAUUGUGCUAUUUAUGAUGUGGUUCUUAAAUAAACUGAGAACAUUUCUUAUUGA